AUGAAGACCGCCACAGCCACCGAAAGCGCUGAGAAGGAACGCAACCUCGACUCUAUCGAAGACACCAAGCCAGGACCUUUCGUCUGGCUAUGUGCUACCGCCACUGCUAUCGGUGGUUCACUCUUUGGCUACGACACUGGUGUCAUCUCUGGCGUCCUCGUCGUCCUCGGCAAUGACCUCAACGGAAGACCUGUUUCGGACCACGAGAAAGAAGCCAUCACCGCACUUUGCGCUGCCGGAGCGUUUGUCGGCUCGAUAAUUGCUGGUUUGACCAGUGAUCGGUAUGGUCGCAAACCCAGUAUCUGGUUUGCCUCGGUGUUGUUCACCGUUGGGGCCAUCGUACAAGCUACCUCAUACACGAUCGCCCAGAUGUGUGUUGGCCGAUUUCUCAUCGGACUUGGUGUCGGGUCCGCUGCAAUGAUCAUUCCUCUGUACAUUGCGGAAAUCUCUCCUGCAAAGUAUCGUGGCCGCAUGAUCUCAAUCGACAUGAUCUUCCUCGGAACCGGUUCGGUCUUGGCUUACGCAUUCGCUGCUGCUUUCUACAAAGUAGAACACGGCUGGAGAUAUAUGAUCGGCUUGGGUGCCUUGCCAUCUAUCAUGCUAGGAUGCUUCCUAUUCUUCUGUCCCGAAUCACCUCGCCAACUGAUGGCACACGGAAAGCGCGAAGAAUGCAUCGCUGUAUUGCGAAAGAUUUACCCUCAAGGCACGGAAGAGCAGAUUGCAGACAAGGUUCUAUCAAUCGAGGCCGGUGUCAACGCAUCAAAGGCUCUGAAUGAGGAGGUGUCAUCUCGCAAGGCCGUCAAGUAUUUGUUCACUAUCCCAGCCAACUUCCGUGCUUUAACUGCUGCUUGUGGCCUGAUGUUCUUCCAGCAAUUCUGCGGGUUCAACACGCUCAUGUACUAUUCGUCCACCCUGUUCGACAUUGUUGGCUUCAGCAACCCUAUUGCAGUAGGCACUGUUGUGGCAGUCGUCAACUGGGUCUUCACCGUCCUCUCUAUCUUCAUCAUCGACCGCGUUGGCCGCCGUCGCAUCCUGCUGUGGACCAUGUGGGGAAUGCCUCUCUGCCUUGCUCUAGCCGCCGUCUGCUUCCACUACAUCCCUCUCGACCUCAAGACUCUUCAGCUCACCGACGACAACAUUGGGUGGCCAGCAUAUGUGGUCCUCGUUUCCAUGAUCCUGUUUGUGGCCUUUUAUGCUGCUGGUCUGGGCUGUGUACCCUGGCAAGCCAACGAGUUUCUCAACAUGGAAGUUCGUGCGAUGGGAACCACUUUCAUCAACAUCUUCAACUGGGGUCCUAACAUUGUUGUUUCGUCUACCUUCCUCUCGAUGAUGAAGGGCAUGACACCUAGUGGCACCUUUGGCUUUUACGCUGUAUUGUGUACCGCUGGACUAGUAUUUGUUUACUUUUGCUUCCCUGAAGCCUCGAACAUGACACUGGAGGAGGUUAGAGAGGUCUUUCAGCACGGAUAUGGUGUCAAGUAUGCUGAGGAGUGGAGGAAGCAAUACAAGGCUGAUCAGAAAGCUAUAAAGGAACGUGCGACUUCUGGUGUUGUUGUGUGA